CCAUUUAAAAAAUGAAUAACAAAAAUAAGGAUAACCGUUAUACCACUGAUAUUUAACAUGGCUCUGGAUGUUCUAGUCGAUGCCUCCAGAACAGAGAAGUAUAUAAAUAUGAAAAAUCGGUGCAUACCACCGCGCCCAGCAAGGAAACAUCUUUUAAAAAUGGGAGACACCAGGCCAUAUUAGAGGCUCAAUCCAAUAGUGAGGGUGAGGCCGAUGAUACAAGAGAAUGAGGCAAUAAUUGAAGAAGCGAUGCCCUUGAGAAUGUUUGAAGCCCUGGGAUGCCAAGUGCAAGUGGAGCAAUUGCCCUUUAACCAGAACACUUUGUCUGCUAUUGAAAAAAAGUGGAAAGAGGUUAUGAAGAGUGGUUCAGAUAUCAGAAGUUUUGCAGAAUUUAUUUAUUUUUUUUAGACUGAUUUUUGUAUUUUUAGUAGAGACGGGGUUUCACCAUGUUGGCCAGGCUGGUCUUGAACUGCUGACCUCGUGGUCCUCCCGCCUCAGCCUCCGGAAGUGCUGGGAUUACAGGCGUGAGCCACCAUGCCCGGCUAGAAGUUUUGUAGAUUUAGCCGUGGCAUGAUCAAGGAGUUCCUAUCUGACAGUUUCUAUUUUCUCAAUGAGUUUUCCGAAGAAAAGGGGAGAGGCUGUUUCCCAGGGAGUGCGCAGUUCUGAAGGCUAACCAGGGACGCCUGGUUUUGGGCAACUACAAAUGGUUGUGUUCAAACUAAGCGUGUGUCAGACACGGGUUGGAGUGUCAAGAGAGAAGGCAGGAGCGUUUAGUCUGCUUCAGAUAUGAAGACUCCCUGUGUCCCCACGGCGGCGGCCAGAGGCCUGCUGCUCAGGAGAGGCGCCCCACGUGGAACGUGCCGGCGCAGGAGGGGCGGCCUGGCGCAGGUCAUUUGGGACCUCGGCGGGUUGGCGCAUGCGCGCGAGACGCGCAGGCGCGCGCCCCUUUCACUUUUCUGAGUUUUCUGUGUCAUCCCGGUUCCGCUGGUUUUUCUGGCUAUAGUUCGCCGGUUUUUCUGGCCAUAGUCCCCGCGUCCAGCAUGGAGCAGCUGGACGAACUGGAGCUGCUGAUGGAGAAGAGUUUUUGGGAGGAGGCGGAGCUGCCUGCGGAGCUAUUUCAGAAGAAAGCGGUAGCUUCCUUUCCCAGAACAGUUCUGAGCCGAGGAAUGGAUAACCGGUACCUGGUGUUGGCAGUCAGUACUGUACAGAACAAAGAGGGAAACUGUGAAAAGCACCUGGUCAUCACUGCUUCACAGUCACUAGAAAAUAAAGAACUAUGCAUCCUUAGGAAUGACUGGUGUUCUGUUCCAGUAGAGCCAGGAGAUAUCAUUCAUUUGGAGGGAGACUGCACAUCUGAUACUUGGAUAAUAGAUAAAGAUUUUGGGUAUUUGAUUCUGUAUCCAGACAUUCUGAUUUCUGGCACAAGCAUAGCCAGUAGUAUUCGAUGUAUGAGAAGAGCUGUCCUGAGUGAAACUUUUAGGAGCUCUGAUCCAGCCACUCGCCAAAUGCUAAUUGGUACGGUUCUCCAUGAGGUGUUUCAAAAAGCAAUAAAUAAUAGCUUUGCCCCAGAAAAGCUGCAAGAACUUGCUUUUCAAACAAUUCAAGAAAUAAGACAUUUGAAGGAAAUGUACCGCUUAAAUCUAAGUCAAGAUGAAAUAAAACAAGAAGUAGAGGACUAUCUUCCUUCGUUUUGUAAAUGGGCAGGAGAUUUCAUGCAUAAAAACGCUUCGACUGACUUCCCUCAGAUGCAGCUCUCUCUGCCAAGUGAUAGUAGUAAGGAUAAUUCAACAUGUAACAUUGAAGUCGUGAAAUCAAUGGAUAUUGAAGAAAGCAUUUGGUCCCCUAGAUUUGGAUUGAAAGGCAAAAUAGAUGUUACAGUUGGUGUGAAAAUACAUCGAGGGUGUAAAACAAAAUACAAGAUAAUGCCGCUGGAACUUAAAACUGGCAAAGAAUCAAAUUCUAUUGAACACCGUAGUCAGGUUGUUCUGUACACUCUCCUAAGCCAAGAGAGAAGAGCUGAUCCAGAGGCUGGCUUGCUUCUCUACCUCAAGACUGGUCAGAUGUACCCUGUGUCUGCCAACCAUCUAGAUAAAAGAGAAUUAUUAAAGCUAAGAAACCAGAUGGCAUUCUCAUUGUUUCACCGUAUUAGCAAAUCUGCUACUAGACAGAAGACACAGCUUGCUUCUUUGCCACAAAUAAUUGAGGAAGAGAAAACUUGUAAAUAUUGUUCACAAAUGGGCAACUGUGCUCUUUAUAGCAGAGCAGUUGAACAACAGAUGGAUGGUAGUUCAGUUCCAAUUGUGAUGCUGCCCAAAAUAGAAGAAGAAACCCAGCAUCUGAAGCAAACACACUUAGAAUAUUUCAGCCUUUGGUGUCUAAUGUUAACCCUGGAGUCACAAUCAAAGGAUAAUAAAAAGAAUCACCAAAAUAUCUGGCUAAUGCCUGCUUCGGAAAUGGAGAAGAGUGGCAGUUGCAUUGGACACCUGAUUAGAACCGAACAUGUAAAGACAAUUUGUGAUGGACAAUAUUUACAUAAUUUCCAACGUAAACAUGGUGCCAUACCAGUCACAAAUCUACUGGCAGGUGACAGAGUUAUUGUAAGUGGAGAAGAAAGGUCACUGUUUGCUUUGUCUAGAGGAUAUGUGAAGGAGAUUAACACGACAACAGUAACUUGUUUAUUAGACAGAAACUUGUCGGUCCUUCCAGAAUCAAUUUUGUUCAGAUUAGACCAGGAAGAAAAAAGUUGUGAUAUAGAGACCCCAUUAGGAAAUCUUUCUAAAUUGAUGGAAAACACAUUUGUCAGCAAAAAACUUCGAGAUUUAAUUAUUGACUUUCGUGAACCUCAGUUUACAUCCUACCUUAGUUCUGUUCUUCCACAUGAUGCAAAGGAUACAGUUGCCUGCAUUCUAAAGGGUUUGAAUAAGCCUCAGAGGCAAGCGAUGAAAAAGGUACUUCUUUCAAAAGACUACACACUCGUCGUGGGAAUGCCUGGGACAGGAAAAACAACUACGAUAUGUACUCUUCUUAUAGUUGCAACAACAUGUAUGGGAAUAAACCAUCCAAUAUUCUCCCGUAAAAUUUUUGAUUUUUGUAUUGUGGAUGAAGCCUCUCAAAUCAGCCAACCAAUUUGUCUGGGCCCCCUUUUUUUUUCACGGAGAUUUGUGUUAGUGGGGGAUCAUCAGCAGCUUCCUCCCCUGGUGCUAAACCGUGAAGCAAGAGCUCUUGGCAUGAGUGAAAGCUUAUUCAAGAGGCUGGAGCAGAGUAAGAAUGCUGUUGUACAGUUAACCGUGCAGUACAGAAUGAACAGUAAAAUUAUGUCCUUAAGUAAUAAACUGACCUAUGAGGGCAAGCUGGAGUGUGGAUCAGACAAAGUGGCCAAUGCAGUGAUAAACCUACCUCACUUUAAAGAUGUGAAACUGGACCUGGAAUUUUAUGCUGACUAUUCUGAUAAUCCUUGGCUGAUGGGAGUAUUUGAACCCAACAAUCCUGUUUGUUUUCUUAAUACAGACAAGGUUCCUGCACCAGAACAAGUUGAAAAAGGUGGUGUGAGCAAUAUAACAGAAGCCAAGGUCAUAGUUUUCCUAACCUCCAUUUUUAUUAAGGCUGGAUGCAGUCCCUCUGAUAUUGGUAUUAUUGCACCGUACAGGCAGCAGUUAAAGAUCAUCAAUGAUUUAUUGGCACAUUCUUCUAUUGGAAUGGUCGAAGUUAAUACAGUAGACAAAUACCAAGGAAGGGACAAAAGUAUUGUCCUAGUAUCUUUUGUUAGAAGUAAUAAGGAUGGAACUGUUGGUGAACUCUUGAAAGACUGGCGACGUCUUAAUGUUGCUAUAACCAGAGCCAAGCAUAAACUGAUUCUCUUGGGGUGCGUGCCCUCACUAAACUGCUAUCCUCCUUUGGAGAAGCUGCUUAAUCAUUUAAAUUCAGAAAAAUUAAUCAUUGAUCUUCCAUCAAGAGAGCAUGGAAGUCUUUGCCACAUAUUGGGUGACUUUCAAAGAGAAUAAAACACUAUUUCCCUUGCCUUUUCAUACUAGGGCAGUAUCUCCUCUAGCUCGUGCCUAUACAGAAAAUUCUAUCACCAUACAAAAUUUCAUGCAGUAUUUAUGUUUUUAAGCACAGGUGUACCCAAAACUGUGAAAAGUCUAAAUUUAUGGGUUCUAUACAUGUAUUUUUGCCUGACCUAGAGAAAGAGUUUGAUAAAUUUUUACCAGCUUUGAAGAUGGAUUAACUUUUGACUUUGGGCUUUAAACUUUUAAAUCAGACAUUUCAGGACUAAUUUGAUUUUGUAGAUAUCAUUGUAAGAACUUUAUAUGAAAGACUUGAUAAAGGGAUUUGAUUUGUUUUCAUCAUUUAAACACAGUCUUGUGAUGAUGAGAAUGUAAGUGUGAUUCUUUUCUGUAUUUUGAGGUCCCUAAUCCAAAGGCCAUUUUGCUAGGAUUUUUUCUGCUAUCAGAUGUGUUUUCACUCUAAACCUAGUCUUUUAUGACAUGAAUCGAUUACUUCCUGUUAAUUUUCUAUCCUCCCUUACUAUCCCCCUUUUUUGUUUUCAGUAUUCAGUAUUUCAGUAUUCUAGAGUGGAUUUUGAUAUAAAAGAAAAUAAUUCUUACAUCAUCUUUUGCAACAAAUAUUGUUUUCUGAAUUGAUAACAAAUUUAAAAAGUAGAUUCCUAUUUUCACAUAUGUUCAUAUGCCCCUAUGUUUGGGGGCAUCACUCAGUUUUCCCUUUUUGUGUAAAGAUGUUUUGUAAAACAAAAUAGCCUCAAGAUGAUUAAUUAUUUAUAUGGGAACAGAUUUUAACCUUUAAGGUUAAAAUCUUGGGGUAACAGAUCUUCUGGGGGUUGGAAAUCUUCCAUUUCUCUUGAGGGUUUUUUUUUAAUGAAUGCUAAAUAUGUUAAAAUUUUUGUUUCUACCUCAUGUGUUUUUUUAAAUUAUUACUUGAAGUUUUUUAAUAAAUUUUUUUACUAAUGGA